CGCUAGGACCCGCCCCGCCCUGUGAAGCGACCCCUCCGGUUGUGUCCAGCCUUAGAAGUUAAUGCACAACCGGGACUCAGGCGCCUCUCCGGGAGCGGACCCAGGCUCGGAGACCCGGACGCUGGGACAGGCAGCUCGCCGACCACCCCCGCCACGCGCGGGCCGCGGCGUCCCUCGCAAGACCCGCCCGCCGCCCCAGGGACGCCCGAGCGGCGCCUCCCCGAGGCGGAUGCCUACCCGGGAGAGCCCCAAGACCCGCGGCUAUCGGGGGGAUCUGCAGACCCGCCCGCCUGGCCCUGGGCCCCCGCGACUGGUGCCUCCAGUCCAGGAAACCAGCCCUCCCCGCGCUCUGUGCGAGCCUCAGCCAGGAGCCCACAGGGCCAGACCCAAGAAGAUUGUGUUUGAGGAUGAGCUGCCCUCCCGGGCCCUCUUGGGCACCAAGAAGCCUAUUGAAGCCAUCCCUGGGGGGCGUAGGCCAAGGCCCCACCCAGUGCCCGACUAUGAGCUUAAGUACCCACAAGUGAGGAGUGAGAGGGAACGGAGCCGCUAUGUUGCAGUCUUCCAGGACCAGUACACAGAGUUCUUGGAGCUCCAGCAAGAGGUGGGCUGUGCCCGGGCAAAACUCCGACAGCUGGAGACCUUGCUGAACUCACUGCCGAGGCCCCGAAGCCAGCAUUCUGUGAGCCACCCCACCCCACCCCACCCCUCCCCUUUCCACUUGCAGAAGGAGGCCCAACUUGCCACCCGAGUCUGGAGGGAAUUUAAGAAGAAACAGACGGACCCCAGCUUCCUAGACAAGCAGGCUCGCUGCCACUACCUGAAGGGCAAACUAAGGCACCUCAAGACACAGAUCCAGAAAUUUGAUGAGCAAGGAGACCAGAAGAGUUCCGUGUACUUCUGAGCGCCCCGGCAGACAGGCAGAGGGACACAUCGGGGUGGGGGGCCCGCCCUGCCCUUGCCUCCUACCUCCUGGCCUUAGCUCCUGCUGCUACCCCUUCCUGGGGUAGCUUUUGCAAAUGCCUCAGCCCUUGAGACCUAGCUCUGAUGGCCCCCUCUUCCAGGAAGCCUUCCCAGAACCUGCUCUGGGACCCCAGGCCCUGAGCCCAGAUCUCAGCCCAUCCCCUGGAAGCAGGUCUUUCCUCGUUUCCAUCCCAGUGUAAUAAACAUUUAUUAACUGCC